UUUCCAUAUAUCUCAUUUAUGAACAUAUUUUGGGGGGGUGGGGUUGUUUUUAACGUGUCAAGGCGUGCAGAAAAGUCCCUUUUCAAAUCGGAUCAAUUUAUUAUGUCGCGGCUGCCGGGCCAAACAGCGCCAAACAAUCGUGAGAGGCGAUGGCGGGCCACGUUUUUUUUUUUUUUUUUCUAUGAAUAUUUGAUAUUUUUUUCUUUCUUCCGAGUUUUAUCAUGUUCCCGCUCUCCCGAUUGACCUCCCCUCAGCCGUGUUGCGCUACCUGCGCAGCGACAAGAGGACGAGCUCGGUGACCUUCAACAAUCUGGUGCUGGCGGACGGCAACGUCCACAAGGUGCUGUUCCACCUGAGGGGUCUCCAGCAGCCGGGCGGUCCGGGCGGUUUGGAGCUGCAUCUGGACUGCAAGCUGGUGGAGACGGUGCAGGACCUCCCCGCCGCCUUCCAGGGUCUGCCGGCCGGGUACGGCAUGGUGGAGCUGAAGACCAUGCUGAAUAAAGAUCAGGAGGGCUUGCACGAGCUCAAGCUGGUGGUCGGAGACACUUUUGAGAACGUUGCCUCGUUGCAAGACUGCCAUUUCCAGCAAAGAGACUCCGUGCAAACCCUGGGCGUCAACACCAAGCAGCUGUCCAAUCAGAUGAUGGAGUUGACCAAAGUGAUCAACGAGCUGAAAGACAUCCUCAUCCAGCAGGUGAAAGAAACCUCCUUCCUCACCAACACCAUCUCCGAGUGUCAGGCCUGCGGCCUGGGCGGCACCGAAGCGGUGAAGCCGAGGUGCGGCCCGGGCGUGUGUUUCCGCGACGGCGCCUGCCGGGAGACGGCGGUCGGCGUGGAGUGCGGGCCUUGCCCCGACGGCUACACCGGAGACGGCUUCAACUGCGACGACGUGGACGAGUGCCAGUUCAAGCCUUGCUUCCCCGGGGUCAAGUGCGUGAACACGGCGCCGGGCUUCCGCUGCGACGCCUGCCCGCUGGGCUACACCGGCCUGCCAAUAGAGGGCGUAGGAGAGCUGUUCGCCCAGACCAACAAACAGGUGUGCGACGACAUCGACGAAUGCAAAGGACCCGACAACGGCGGCUGCGCGGCCAAUUCCGUCUGCCACAACUCAGAGGGCUCCUACCGCUGCGGCGGCUGCAAGACGGGCUUCACGGGCGACCAGGUGAAAGGCUGCGAGCCCGAGAUCAGCUGCGCCAACAGCCUGACCAACCCCUGCGACGUCAACGCGCAGUGCGUGGCCAAGAGGGACGGAUCCGUCUCCUGCCAGUGUGGAAUCGGCUGGGCCGGAAACGGAUUCCUGUGCGGAAAGGACACCGACAUCGACGGCUAUCCCGACGAGAAGCUCAAGUGUAAGGACCCCACAUGUAAAAAGGACAACUGCGUCUACGUUCCAAACUCCGGCCAAGAGGACGCCGACCGAGACGGCCGGGGAGACGCCUGCGACGAGGAUGCGGACGGCGACGGCAUUCCCAACGAGCAGGACAACUGCUGGUUGAAGCCCAACGUGGACCAGAGAAACAGCGACAAGGACACGCACGGCGACGCCUGCGACAACUGCCGUCUGGUGGAGAACCCGGACCAGAGAGACACGGACGGCGACGGCAAAGGAGACGCCUGCGACGACGACAUGGACGGAGACGGCCUCAAGAACUUCCUGGACAACUGCCAGCACGUGAAGAACCCGGACCAGGUGGACCGCGACGGCGACGGCGUGGGCGACGCGUGCGACAGCUGCCCUGACAUCCCGAACCCCAACCAGUCCGACAUCGACAACGACCUGGUGGGCGACUCGUGCGACACGAACCAGGACAGCGACGGCGACGGCCACCAGGACACGAAGGACAACUGCCCCUUCGUGAUCAACAGCUCGCAGCUGGACACCGACAAAGACGGCCUGGGCGACGAGUGCGACGACGACGACGACAACGACGGCAUCCCGGACGUCAUCGCGCCCGGACCGGACAACUGCAGGCUGGUUCCCAACCCGGACCAGACUGACGACAACAACGACGGCGUGGGCGACAUUUGCGAGUCCGACUUCGACCAGGACAAAAUUGUGGACCAGAUCGACAACUGCCCCGAAAACGCGGAGGUGACGCUGACGGACUUCAGGGCCUUCCAGACGGUGGUGCUGGACCCGGAGGGUGACGCCCAGAUAGACCCCAACUGGGUGGUCCUCAACCAGGGAAUGGAAAUCGUCCAGACCAUGAACAGCGAUCCGGGUCUGGCUGUGGGUUACACGGCCUUCAGCGGCGUCGACUUCGAGGGGACCUUCCACGUCAACACGGUGACGGACGAUGACUACGCCGGCUUCAUCUUCGGCUACCAGGACUCGUCGUCCUUCUACGUGGUCAUGUGGAAGCAGACGGAGCAGACGUACUGGCAGGCCACGCCGUUCCGAGCCGUGGCCGAGCCCGGCAUACAGCUCAAGGCAGUCAAAUCCCGAUCUGGACCCGGGGAGCAUCUGAGGAACUCCUUGUGGCACACCGGGGACACCCAAGACCAGGUGCGCCUCCUGUGGAAGGACCCCCGCAACGUGGGCUGGAAGGAUAAAGUGUCCUACCGCUGGUACCUGCAGCACCGCCCGCAGGUCGGAUACAUCAGGGCUCGCUUCUACGAGGGAUCCGAGCUGGUGGCCGACUCGGGCGUGACCAUCGACACGACCAUGAGGGGGGGCAGACUCGGCGUCUUCUGCUUCUCGCAGGAAAACAUCAUCUGGUCCAACUUGAGAUACCGCUGCAACGACACCAUCCCAGAGGACUUCCAAGAGUUCCGCGCUCAACACGGCGUCGAUUCCCUCUAAAGGAACAAACUGUGUAUGUUCAUUUUUUGUGUACAUUAACAGCACCGUCCUUGUACUGUACGUGAAUCGUCAUAACGAACGUUUGACGUGUCACAACACCGCAGAAAAUAACGCUCAGAAUUUGUAGUUUUUUGGGUUUUUUUUUUUUUUUUAUUAAACAUGGUACAUUUAAUAAUAAACAGAAUUGGUGCUAUUCUGCAAUAAAUGGGAUAUAUUUUU